GCCAACAAUGUUCUAUCUUCUGACCGGAUCAAGUAUUUUAAAGCCGGGCUGCAAUGGGAGAUGAAUACUUUUGUCACACCACUCCUGCAGUACUCUGCUUCACAGAAUAUCGUGUCGGUUCUUUCGGUUCCAGUCGCUUAUAUCCUUAAGUUGUAUCCCAUGCUAACCUGGAACACGGUUCCGGACGACGUCUUUUCCUUUUCAUUCCACCUCCUCGCAUUUGAUGAUGAGGCAAUUGCAGGACAUCCAUCCCGGAUUGUGUUUGAAUAUAAAUGUCCAUGGUGGAUGGGAAACACCACAAUCCCAGAUCAACUAUGGCAUUGGGAUGAGAUAAUGGCUUCCUGCAUCUCUCACUACCAGUAUUGGGCGCUUGGUGUUGAGGAUGAUGCUUUGGUUCUUCCAGAGAAGUUGAAAAACACUUCGAGUCCACCACUGAUGGGACUGAGGUGGAUUAAAGAACGCAUGGAAGCAUUGAUGGAGGAGCAAGAUGAGGGCGUCCAAGCCAAGAUGGCAGAAGUGAAGAUGUACACUGACAUGCUAGAGAAAUUGAGGAGAGGCAAAGGAGUGUAGUCCCAUUCAGUCUUCAUUGUAUACAAGAUGUAAAAUAUUAUAGGCAUUCAAAAAUCUCGUGUCCCAGUCUUGGAAGCCCGGGUCCCGAGUCCCGAAUUUUGGGGUUCGGGGUUCAGCGACCCGGAGCUCGGCAACCGUGUCGGGUGUCAGGG